GAAGAAACUUUGACAUAAAGACGGAUGUCAAUUAUUUAGAUUUUGUUUACAAAAAUGAAAUUCGAUAAAAUUUGUAGGACUUGCUUACUAGAAAAAGCUCAAUUAAGACCUUUAUUUGAAGGUUGUAUCUCUAAUAUGCUUAUGUCUUGCGCUCCGAUUCAAGUUAUACAAGGAGAUGGUCUACCAAACCAGAUUUGUACUCAAUGUUUACAAACUGUAAAUAAAUCUUAUACGUUUAAACAAUUAUGUGAAAAAUCCGAUAUGACUUUACGUAGUUACUUAAAUAUUAAUUAUUCAUUACAACCGGAAAAUAUAAUAAAUGAGGUUAAAAGUGAUUUGUUUAGUUCGAGUGAAGUGCUACAACAGAGUUCGAUAUUUCAAGAUAUUUUCAACGACGCCACUACGCAUUCUUUAGUAGAAACAUUCACAAAUCAAAAUGUUAACAACGAUUUAGCUGAAACUAUGCAAAGUCUACAAACUAUAGCCGAGCAAUGUUUACCUGAUUCAUGGGAAAGUGACGGGAAUAUAGUACCGUGUAAUUCAAACGAAGCUACUGAUCAUUUCACUUUAGGCCCGAUGUAUAAGUGUCAGUUUUGUGAGAAUAUAUACAAAGACGAAUGGUCGUUAUCUGAGCAUCUUAAGCAUCAUACAACACAAAAUGAAUAUUUCUGUAACAUGUGUAGUAAAAUUUAUAAUAAUUCCGAAGAGUUGAAUAAACACAUCAUGGAACAUACGUUUGUUCAAAAUCAAAAAGUUCUUUUAGAUCAUUCGAAGGAAGUUUACAAAAACGUCAAGUGUGAUAUUUGCGAUCGGGAUUUUACAGAUUCCAAAUUCCUGAAAAAACAUUUGAAAGAUAUUCACUUUAUCGAAUCGGUCCCAAUUACGCAUAUAGAGAAAAAAUUCGAAUGCAGGAUAUGCGGAAAAAGGUAUAAAUAUAAUAAACAAUUAUUAGGACAUAUGCGACUUCAUACGGGCGAAAGACCUUUAACUUGUGACGUUUGCGGAAAAAAUUUUGCACUUUCUUCUUCUUUACACAAACACAAAAUGCUCCAUAACGCUGAAAAAAAAUUCUUGUGUAGCAUAUGUAAUAAGAAAUUCAGUCAGUCUUCUCAUCUUAACGAGCAUAUUAGGAAACACGCCGGACAAAAACCGCACGUUUGUAACGUUUGCGGUAAAAGUUUUACCCAAAAUUCGAAAUUAGUUGUUCACACAAGAACUCACACCGGUAUUAAACCAUACAACUGUAAUUUUUGCGAAAUGUCCUUUGCUAGUAAUUCCCAAUUGAAAAAACAUCGAUUAAUACACACAGGGGAAAAACCGUAUCCAUGUUGGCAGUGUGGGAAAUCCUUUCGCCGAAAAGAAACUAGAGAUACGCACGUUCGGUACCACACUGGCGAACGUCCCUAUAAUUGUCAAGUUUGCUCUAAAAAAUAUAUAGCCGCUAGUCAUUUGAGGGAACAUAUGAAAACUCACAGUAACAGAAAAUACGAAUGCGUUAUUUGUUUGCAAAAAUUUUCAGAUUCGAAAACGUUAAAAAGUCACGUGAAGAUUCAUGCACAAAACGCAACUAUCGUCUCAUGUUGAACAAUGUCAUUCUUAAUAAAAUACUUUUCCUUUA